GUGACAAGUCAGCAGACAAUGGCAUGUUCAAUUGUGCUCUUCGUAGUUAUUAUAGUUAUUUUUAUGUGCUUCUUGAUUGCCGGAUUAACUGUCAUGGCUUCUCGAUUGUGUAAAAAGCAGCAACGCAAGAAAUGUCCUCGUGUGGUGGUAACGUUUCGGCCUCAACCUGGAUCCUCCUCAGUCUUUAAUUCUCCCUUUCGACCUCCUACCAGUGGACCACCCUACACAGCGACCACUUUACCGCUAAGAACGGCUAAGUACAACGCCCCUCUACGUCUGUGUCCCUCACCAGUCAUUCGGUUUGGCAGUUAUUCGACCCCAACUGUCUUCGAUGAGAAAGUUCCUUCUCAUUUGGGGAUGAUUAAGUACGAUCAGAAGGUUGUCCCGAAAUCUGGUGUGUCGUGGGUUUAGGUUAUGUGGAUUUCUUACAGAUUUAAUAAAGUUUUCAGAAUAACACAUUUUUCUUUCUGUGAAGAAAUAGGUCCGCUGUCACUCCACAAAGUUUGCCAGAUAAAAACUAAGGAUACUUAAUUGUUGUUGGUGAAACUUUUAAAAACUCCUAGUGAACAUAAGCUGAAUAAUAGGAU